CGCCCCGGAACCUCCAUGGUCGCGGGCCCUGUUUCCAGAUGGACUCAGGGGACCAAGGUUUCCGGUCCCUGCUUUCCGCUUCCCUCGGCUGCUUUCCCAGAAGGCUUUGCAGCUGCCCCUUCUCUUCCGGCUCGGCCGGCGCGGUGGUGGAGCGCAGGUUUAAUCAUGGCCAAGUCCAAGAAUCACACGACUCACAACCAAUCUCGCAAAUGGCACAGAAAUGGUAUCAAGAAACCCAGGUCCCAGAGAUAUGAAUCUCUGAAGGGGGUUGAUCCCAAGUUUCUGAGGAACAUGCGAUUUGCGAAGAAGCACAACAAGAAGGGACUGAAAAAAAUGCGGGCCAACAAUGCCAAGUAACCAGCGUGCCUCUCUGCAAUGAAAGGACUGGCUUGUUUUGAACCUGAAAAGCAGUUUUUUCUAUUGGCAUUUUUUUCACUCAAAGCAUUUUUAUACAAAUAAAAUGAGAAGUAACAAAAUUCAAGAGCAAACAUCCUGGCCUUUUGAGUUUGAAGGCGAGCCUUCGAAAUGUUGAGUUCUCAAAAAUUCAAUAUUCAAAUUGUUUAAAUUCCAUAUUAAAUAUCAUUUGAGGUGUCUUAGAGGCUAUUUAUAGUCACCUGUGUGUGUAUCUUUGUUCAGAUUAAUUGGAGUUUUCACAGUUGCCAGCUGAUGUCUGUUGUCCUCAAAGGAAACUGAAAUGACUGUUCCCCCAUAGUGCUUUUUUAGUCUAACACAUUAUUGGUGUGACUCUGGUUUUGGAUUUUACGUACAUGUUUCACACUAGCCUAUUUUUCCAAGUUACAAAAUGUGUGUGUUACUUGAACUCUAAAAGUAAAGCUGGCAAUGGAG